AUGUUACCGGAAUUGAAAAGGUUUACAUUUACUAAGACUGUAGAAGACCAAACUAUUUUUGGGUACACCUUCAUCACCGUCAGCAGUUUUAUUCCAAACACCACAGAUCCCUUAAUAGGAUUUGAUAAUAUUUUCAAUCGAGUUUUAUACGGACGCAAAUCUGAAUUUAUGGAGCCAGACAAAGAUUUUGAAUUUGAGACCCUUAAAUAUCCUGAAAACGAUAACCUGGCGCACUGGCCCUCGGGACAAGUUAUGAGAUCAGAAACAUUUCAAGGCAAGAGUGCUGUGCACAUGCCGUUCCUGGAGUACAUGCAUAAGGGUCACUGUCGUCUGAAGGUCACCAAGGAUUAUAUGCAAACGGCUGUUAAUGCCUUCGCCAUAUUUGUUUCUGGAGACCUUUUUGAUAUUCAAAAUUUACCUGCAUCUUACGUGCUAAACUCGGCUCGCACAAUAGCCAUGAUGAAGGUGGAACGUGAGAAGCUGGCAGCGACGUGGUAUGUAGUUAAAGGGUCCACAUCGACCGUGAACGUCACUUAUGAAACCCUGGAGAAGUUCCGACCACUCUUCAAGCAUGUUAACGCCAGGGACAUCGCCAGGCUCAAUUUGUCCGAUGAUAAGAUACUAUCCUAUAUCGGUACACAUCCUGAUCUUAAUAGACAUCAGGUGGGGGUGGUGGCCAGUAGAUAUAUACAAUUAAAUCCUAGAUGGACAGAGCCCAGAUACCUGAACCUUAUGAACAACUUGUUAUGUGGAGUACCCAUGAUCUUCAUGAGGAGGAUCCCGGAAAACACAUACCUGCAACUGACGCACCAGAUAUUCUACCACAUACGGGCAUGUGAUCCAUUGCAGCGCAAGUUCUAUUUGACAAUGAUGAUGAGAACUCAGGCGCUCGGUAAAUCAUACAGUUGGAGUGCGCGCGAAGUAUCUCGGCUCGGAUUGUUGCUAGCUGAAGUCAGUGGCUCGGACCUGAGUGCCGUCAACCCUGAGGCUAUGUCUGGUAAUGUUGGAAAUGCCGAUACAAAGCCUAUUGUCGAUCACAGAGAUGCAGUUACGUUACCUCGAUACCAAGUGCCUCAACAUCUUGGCGCGUAAGCUGAUCUCUUAUCAAGAAUAUCUUGAAAGCUCCAGCUUUAAAGGCUAUCCAAUAUGGCCUCCACGAUAUUCAUUAAUAUUAGUUGUCUG